UAGAAGAAGAGGAGAAGUAAUGUCGCAACUAUUAUAUACGACAACAACAUCACCCACAUCAUUAAUAACAACAGCAACAUCUAGUGAAAUUAUUGUAUUAUGUUCAUUUCCAUUUACAACAAUAAAUGAGAGCAGUACAAGUGAUAGUAGCACUAGUGAUUUUAUAACAUCAGGUAUACCAGAACGUAUACCAGAAGAUCCACGUACAGAAAUAUUACGUCGUUAUUCAUAUGGUAUUAUAUUACCAACAAUUUGUUUCUUUGGUAUUGUUGGUAACAUUUUGAAUUUAGUGGUGUUAACACGACGAAAUAUGCGAGGAACAGCAUACAUUUAUAUGCGAGGAUAUUCAGCGGCAGCAUUACUUGCAAUUAUAUUUGCAAUACCAUUUGCCUUGCGUGUUCUUAUUCAUAAAGAGUCUGGUCGAUGGAAUAAUUUUCCUCAAGCAUUUUAUCACGCACAUCUUGAAUUAUUUUUAGGAAAUGGUUGUUUAGGUGUUGGCGUUAUGAUGUUGCUCGCAUUGACAGUAGAACGUUAUGUAUCUGUUUGUCAUCCAGGUCAUACCAGACCACUGAUGGGACCACCACAUAUUACAGUUGCACUCAUACCAAUAUUCACAUUUAUAAUAUAUUUACCAAGUGUAUUUCGUGGUGAGAUUACACAAUGUGUAAUUGGUGAAAAUGGUCCACUUAUUUAUCAAAAACGUGAAAAUGUUUAUUUCUUACAUUCGCUUUUUUAUUCAGUAUACAAAGUUAUUUUAGAAAUUUUAUUCAAAGUUGUACCAACAUUUUUAUUAGCUGGUCUCAAUUUACGUAUAAUGAUUGUGUAUCGCCAAUCAUGUGAUCGACGACGACGAAUGACAUUAAGUCGAACAUCCGGUGGCGAAGAAGAUCCUCGGAAAUUUGCGGAAGAACGAAGACUAGUAUUGUUACUAGGCAGUACGUCAAUAUUAUUCCUAGUAUGUGUUUCUCCUAUGGUUAUACUAAACGUUACAUUAUCGGAAGAUAAUCUGUCUAGUUAUUCAUAUCAAGUGUUCCGAGCAAUGGCUAAUUUAUUGGAAGUAAUCAAUUAUUCUUUAACAUUUUACAUAUAUUGUUUAUUUUCGGAAGAUUUCCGUAACACACUAUUGAGAACAUUAACAUGGCCUUGGUUUACUGGUCCAAAUACAAACCAUCGUCGAUCAAAUGCACCUGUAAAAUUACUACCUGGUGGUCCACCCACAGCAACAAUUACACCGCCAACAACAACAUCAGCAUUAGGCCAUCAUACAGGGUGUCGUGCAAGUGUAUGA